CCCGGCCAUUUGAUGGAUACACCAAGGCUUAUUUUGGACAGCACGGAUGGACAGAACGCCCAAGUGGCAACUGUCAGUCGCACCAGUUCACCCCCUCCCUUGGACGCAUUUAAUCCACCUGUUGAGCUCGGGGAAGUGGUUAAAAGCAGCGUCUUCUCAUCUGGACAAAAUGAUAAACUGAAAUGGUGUCUACGAAUAAAUCCCAAGGGCCUGGACGAGGAGAAAAGCCAACGGGCCUAUCGUUUCGUGCAGGGCAAGGAUUGGGGCUUCAAAAAGUUCAUCCGUCGGGACGUGCUAAUGGACGAGGCCAGUGGACUGUUGCCCAACGAUCGCCUCACUCUCGUCUGCGAGGUUAGUGUUUUUGUUAACUGGGUCGCCGCCGUUCAGUACACUUUUUGCCUCACCAUAACAACCCGGUUUCUGGAAUGUUUUUUAGCACUUAAGUCGGUCCAAUUAUGUGUAGUCGUACCCCUUUUUUUCCUUCAAACGAUCGAAUCACGAGGAGGAAUUCCUUCACACUCCUCUACGGCAUUGAAAAAAUAG